CGGGGCUGGAAUAGCCCAGGUCGGCCUGGACGGGCCUCGCCUUCCAAGAGUCUGCGCUGAUUGGCGGCGGUGGGAUCUCGAGGAGCCAAUCAGAAGUCAGGACUCUCGGUCCCGGACGAGGGGCGGACCCAGGAGCUGUGAGUCAGGCGAGACCUCCGAUGUAGAGCGCAGGACUGCGGCUAGAGUCCCUGGCUGCUGGAGAGCGGGAGUCACCUCAGGACCUCGGGUCGUUGCGGAAAUAAUGUCAAGUGGAGAUGGUCAGCAAUCACAGGCUCUUACCAAACCCACUUUCAGUGAGGUACAAGCCUCUGCAUUAGUGGAAUCGGUAUUUGGAUUAAAAGUUUCCAAGAUCCAGCCACUUCCUAGCUACGAUGACCAAAACUUUCAUGUAUGCAUUUCAAGAACCAAAGACACUACAGAUGGCCCAAAUGAGUAUGUCCUCAAAAUAAGCAACAGCGAGUCAAGCAAAACUCCAGACCUGAUUGAAGUGCAGAGUCACAUCAUCAUAUUUCUGAGAGCGGCUGGAUUUCCAACAGCCUCCGUGUGUCGUACUAAAGGAGACAACAUAACCUCUCUCAUGUCAGUAGAUAGCGGCUCUGAAAUCAAAAGCUACUUGGUGAGGCUGCUGACUUAUCUCCCAGGAAGACCUAUAGCUGAGAUUCCCAUCAGCCCCCAGCUAUUAUAUGAAAUUGGAAGGGUAGCUGCCAAAUUGGAUAAAACACUGGAGAAAUUCCAUCACCCAAAGUUAAGUAGUCUUCAUCGGGAGAACUUCAUCUGGAAUCUGAAAAAUGUUCCUCUUUUGGAGAAAUACCUGUAUGCCUUGGGCCAGAAUCAGAAUCGAGAGAUGGUCGAACAGGUUGUUCAGCUGUUCAAGGAUGAAGUAAUGACCAAAUUAAGUCAUUUUCGAGAAUGUAUCAAUCAUGGAGAUCUUAACGACCAUAACAUUUUAAUAGAGUCCAGCAAGUCAGCCUUUGGAGAUGCUGUAUAUCAAGUGUCUGGGAUUUUAGAUUUUGAUGACAUGAGCUAUGGCUACUAUGUGUUUGAAGUGGCAAUCACCAUCAUGUACAUGAUGAUUGAAAGCAAGACUCCUAUACAAGUAGGAGGUCAUGUCCUUGCAGGGUUUGAAAGUGUAGUCCCACUGACACCUGUGGAGAGGGGUGCUUUGUUUCUACUUGUAUGCAGUCGUUUUUGUCAGUCACUUGUCUUAGCUGCAUACUCUUGCCAGCUAUACCCAGAGAACGAAGAGUAUCUCAUGAUUACUGCAAAAACUGGGUGGAAGCACUUGCAGCAAAUGUUUGACAUGGGCCAGAAAGCUGUAGAAGAAAUCUGGUUUGAAACUGCCAAGUCCUAUGAAUCUGGGAUCUCCAUGUGACCAGAUAAAAAUUCACACUAACUUGGGUAAUUAAAAACCAAUAGGACCAAAUCUAAUUCCAUAAAGGGUUUCCCUGCAUAGUUAAAGAUGAAUUGAUGAAACAUUGCAAUGCACAUGAAAUCACUAAGGUCUUCUAGCA